UUUCUUGGCGCAUGGACAGAUUGUAAUGGGGAGGAGUCUGACACAGUGAGUUCAGUUCAGGACAGACUGAAGGACAAACAAGCAGGAAGGAGUAUAAAAUACGACUUCGACAGAAAAACAAGAGGAUAAUAAAACAUAUUGAACACUGCCUGCCUGAAGAACAAUGUCUGUGCCUCCAGUUGCUUUGGCUGCUCGACGGGUGAUUGCUGCUGCGUCACAUUCAAGCCAUGAAGGAGGAGCGAGGACCUGGAAGAUACUGAGCUUUGUUUUGGCCAUUCCUGGUGUUGCCGUCUGCAUGGUCAACGCGUACAUGAAGAUGCAGGCGACCUCGCAUGAGCAGCCAGAAUUUGUGCCAUAUCCUCACCUGCGUAUCCGCACCAAGAGAUUCCCCUGGGGCGAUGGAAACCACUCUCUGAUCCACAACGCUCACACCAACGCUCUGCCCGAUGGCUACGAGGAAUCCCAUCACUGAGAGGAUCAGUCACAUUUCUCAGCUGUGUUUUGCUGCUUAUUUAAAACUCCAGUCUGCAGUGUACUUGGCUUAAUUAUACUGACCGAGGGGCCAAGCAGCAUGAUGAAAUAAAACCACUUCGUGCUGUAUUAAAAUGAG